AUGCCACCAGAAAAAAAUUCGAAACAAGACUCUAAUGUAUUAUGUAUUCUAAUUUCCCUGCUUUUGAUGCUUUUGGUAAAUGUUUUGAUUGUCUUUCUAAUACGGGUUGCCUUGGAUGCUACUGAUGAAAUCAAUGAACCAUUGAUCACAGGCGAGGAUAGAGCAAAGCUUUUCCUGUUUCUCCUCGUUUUUAUAAUGACUUUCUUCUUUGGUUGUUGGUGCUGCUGUUGUUGUGCUUGUCUGCCUUGCAGGCUUCUGCCUGAGUGUCCAUCUGCAUUUGGAAAUAUGAUAACUGCUAUAUCUCAUAAAUUCAUCUCUUCUCAUCCAUCUAUAAGAAAAAGAUUCAGCAUAGAUGAGGAUGAGAUAGAGAUUGCGGAAGUAGUUGUGGCAGCAGAAAACUUGGGAAGACCCCCACUCUCAGCAAAAAAUACAGAUCAGUUCGCCUACGAGAAUCCUAUACCAAUGAUGGAUGAUAUUGUUGAGUCUGAGGCAGCAAACAGAGUGAUUGCCCCUCCUGAAAGAUUGCCUCUCGGAAGAUUACGUUCAUACAGUAUAGAUGUAUCUUAUAAAUGA